CAUAUGGCUUUGCCUAAAGCUCAUUUGCACAGAUUCCAAUUGUCGUCAAAAAUAUUGCCAAAUUUUGUUAGUGGUUGUUUUAUUUGCACUAAACUCAUCAAUAUGUACACGAUUUGACAACAAUGAGCUUUUUCGGCAUGGUGAGCAAAUAAAAGCAAAAUCAAAUCGAAAAGCAAAACAAUACAACUUCAAAAGCGACUACAAUCCAAUCCAAUCCAAUAGUAACAUAAUAAUAAACGAGCAAAGCUACUCUACAAAAUUACCAUAAUUGAGGUGCGCUUAUAAUGAUCGAAUGACAACGUGAGAGAUACUAAAAACUGAGAUAGAGAGUGAGAGAGAGAGAGAAAAACUGAAUGCGGUAAGCAAACAAUUAUUAAAGAUUGUAAAAGGCCCGAAAUAGCGAAAUCAAAUCGAAAGAUCAUCAACACUAUAAAAUGCAAAUGAAGCGACAAUAAACCAAAAACAUAAAAAAAGGAAAAAGAGAGGAGAUGCCGAGCAUCACGACAGCGACAGCGACAGCGACAACAAAUUGUGCAUCUUCAACACUAAACUAAUACGGUAUUCACAAUCAAUACAAUUUUGUCAGCUGCUGCCACAACAACAACAGCAACAACCACAACAAUUGCAUAAGCAACAAGGCAGCAACAACAACAACAAGUGAGAGAGGCAUUCAAGCGACUCCAAAGCGACCUCAUUUACACAAAUCGCAAUCUUUAGCCAGCUUGUCGAGACCCUACACAGACAACACCGCCACCGCCACCGCCACCGCCAGCAACCACAGCACAACACAACAACAACAACAACUUGACUCGAAUUUUGUUGCCAUUUUCAGAUCAACAUUCAAAUUGAUUGCUUGCUAAAAACAAGUUGAUUACACAUACGCCACGUUAUCCCUCAAACAUGGACGCCGCUGAAUUGUUGCAUCAAUUGUAUCUGAAUGUUCUGCAAAUAUUUAAAAUCUACAUCAAGUUCGCUUUCAUUACACUCAUCGUCUACUUUGUCGCCGAGUGGUAUAUUGUGAAAUAUGGCGCCGAAUUGGAGGCUCAACUGGAUGCCCAAUUGGGGGGAGAGAACAAUGAGCCACCGCCAUCGAAUAGCACUCUAAGCAAAGUGAUACGAGUUGUUUUGAAUUUCUUUGUCAUCUGAAUACAAUAAUAAUAUUCUACUAUAUCGAUUUAUUGACUCGCAAGGUCAAGCUAAAAGUAUUGCCGGGUAUCUAAACUGAGACUGAAUCAGAAACUCGAACGCGAACUCGAAUUUAUUGCGGAAUUGUGCAGCUCACGAGAGUUUUUUUUAACGCUUAGCUGUUAGCAAAUACUACAUACACACACACACAUAUAUCCUCAAGGCCUUUUAGAGAAUGUAAAACGUAGCCAGUUAUCAUAGGCGGUAACAAAAAAAAAAAAAAACUCACUAAACAAAAACAUUCUUUU